UGAUUUGUGUCUGGAGACUAGCAAUCUUUGAGUAAGCUACUCCUGUGACUCAAAACCUACAUUAGCUACAUUUCACAUAAUCACACUUUUAAACAAAUGACUUAAGUGUGAACUUCCAUUGAAUUGAGUCUUCUCUGAUCGCAAACGCUGAGAAAUCAUCUUAUUUUGCGUAUGGGGACUCUGGCUGAUUUGAACAAUCAAAGUUGAACUAUUUUACAUUUCAUCCUAAGGUCGGGUUGUGCGGAAGGUCAAGGCUGAAAAGGCUUUACAACUUAAAAUUGUACCUCCUGCUCAUUCAGCUGGAUGUUUACAUACGUAAAUCCAAUCAGGGACCUUCUUUGUUAUGGAUCGGCAUUGUUAUUUGCUUGGCUACCUGGUACACCUUUAAAAUAAAUCAGUAGACAAGCAAGCCAUUUAAUUCCUAUGUAAAUAAUAGGUACUCUAUUUUACACUCAUGUUUCUGUGUUUUGAAAUCCGGACAUUUUUCUGAAAUAAUUCAUACUUUGUAAAGUGCAUCAUCCAUUUCACACUUCUUCAAAAUGUAAAUUAUGGCCAGAAUGAGGAAGUAGAAGGAAAUAACUGGAUGGUAGCAACCAGCACCACCCAACCAACCUCCAUAAUGAAGGAAAUACGGACGGCUCCUCCCCAUUUCAGAGUUCUCUUCCUCCUAGCGGAGAACUUGUGAAGACUCAGGUCCAGAUUCACUCCUGCCAGACAUUCGCCUGACCAGCAAGCCCCCAUCCAUCCUUCAGGUGCUUCAGUCAUGCAUCCUGCAGCCUUUCUCCACAUUACAGUUUGUGGUGCUCUGUGGUGUGUCCAGUAUUUUGGGAUAAUCUCAGCUGCAGGGCCCCUCGCCGCCCCUUCACUGACGUUCAGCAAGCCGGUAAAUGGCACAGACAUCAGGCUCUUCUCGGUUGUGGUCAUUGCCUGCACCCCACCGAAGACAGCUCCAUAUCCCCUCACCCUGAACCUGGGGAAGCCCAAGCAGCCCCUCUCCGCCCUGCUGUUUCACAGACUCACUUCCACUGACACCAUUCUAUACUCCGUCACUGCUGUGGCUCAGCAUGAGGGCGACUUCGUUUGCUGGUACAAUGUCAGCAGGACGGGGGAGGUGUCUCCGACCAGCUCACCUGUCAACCUGACCAUCUCCUCUCUACCUCAGCCCACAACCAGACUGGAGCCUGCUGUCGUUUUCACUGAAGGAAACUACACCAUCUUCUGUGAUGCUCCUUAUGUGGUGUACAAUACCACCUUCAGACUAUACUCCCGUAACAUUACAGACACGGCCAGCGAAGCACCAGGGAUGCCAAUUGGGUCCCUGACAGCAAACACCAGCGGCGUCCAGUACAGCAGGCUGAAAGUACCUCCACAGGAGAGGCUGGAAUAUUUCUGUGACCUGGAAGCCGACUACAACCAUCGUACCUACAGGUCUCCUCUGUCCCCUGCUGUGAGAGUCACGCCAGAAAUGGCUCCUGUGCGCCUCGUCCCCCAAUUCCAGGGGCUGAAGUGUGCAGGCCGCCUGGAGAUGUUCAUUCAGGGCCGCUGGGGUCCUGUUUGCCAUGGAGAAGACGCCAUCGCUGCCAUGUGGAAUAUGGCCAAUGUGACCUGCAGGGAGCUGGGCUGUGGUACCGUAUCCGGCGUGAGCAAAGUGUGGAUGAACGAGUUUGGGUUGCCCGCACAGCAAUCACUGGUGGGGCCCCUGCAGUGCACUGGCAAUGAACUACGGCUACGGGAGUGUUUGCUUAACAAGAUUGAUUGUUACAAUAAUGACCAGCUGGAGGUCAUCUGUUCAGAUUUUGUUCCACCUCCAAGGUUUUUAGUCACUGGUUAUGAGCACACGUCUUAUAUCUCCAUCUAUAAUGACACUUCGCUUGAGAUGAUCUGCACAUUAAGUGCACCUUGGCUUGGUGAUAGUAAGGUGGAGAUUCGUAUAAUGGAGUUAAGCAAAUAUCGGAUAAUUGAUUACAAGUUGGUUCAGUCUGGGGAAGCAAUAUUGGUAAAGCUAUGGGCUCCGAUACCUCCUGGGAAAUAUGCCUGCUUUGGAAGGUUCAGGAACUUCCACCGGACCACAGAUACCAUAACCAGCAAUGUUGUGACCAUUGCUGUUAGCACGCCCCCAAAUCGCGGACUGAUUGCUGGAGCUGUUAUUUCAGUUUUAUUGGGAGCUGGAAUUCUAACCUACCUCUGCAUAUGGAGGGUCAGUUACCAAUAGGUGUGAAGCGCUAGAAGGCAUGGAAGAGACCACCACCACACUCCGAGGGACUGAAUGCUCUCUCCUGUCAUUUUUCACCACACUGGUUCCAGCUCUUACUUAAAAUGUUAAAAUCAGUGGCGUCCAAUUGACAGCAAAGACAAUACUGUGUGUGUGUGUGUGU